GAAACUAACACCCCACUGUGAAGCAGUUAUACUCCAAUAAAGAUGUAAAAAAAAAGCUCACUGGAUGACCUGGACAAAUCAUUUAAACUCUCCUCUGUGCUCUCAGUUCCUCAAGUCAAGCAUUUCUAUUAAACUAACCCCAGGUUAACAUUAAAUAUCAAGAUUGAUAUGACUAAAGCAAAAUUAAAAUCCACAUGGAUUUUAAUGUGUCUCAGAGUAGGCUGUGAACUUGUGUCUCAGAGUAGGCUGUGAACUUGGGUGGUUGCUGGCACCGGUCUCCUACGGAGCCGCCAAACCAGACCUACUGCAAAUAUUUAUCUAUUAUUAGAGACUCCCUAGGGAAGAAGUGAGCAACUUCGACCAGUUGUAUAAGGUUAAACAGCUUUUCCAACAGUCAUUAUGUAAAGACAUAAGAAAGUAUUGUUAAGGCCAGUUCCAUAGAGCAUGAUGAAGGAUGUUGGGAGCAUUAUCAAAAUCCUAAAGAUCCUUGUGAAAUAGGUCUUGAUUUCUUGCUUAUACAUAUGACUGAAAGGAUUGGUGUAGAUGUUUAAAGAUGUUUAACUUCCUGUGUGGGGCAGCACUAAUGAAACUGUGGAAGGAUCCACAGUGUAAUCAGCUACUGCGUCCUAUGAGCGCUGGUGCAUUUGUCCUGGGCACAUGCUUUUUCUGGCAUCAUUUCUAUCGGUUCAAGAAUACAAAUCCCAGAUGGAUUCAAACCCAUGACUGUAAGCGGUCACUCUCUUGGUCUCAGAGUGAAUCAAUAUCAUUGUCUUGCCUACAUUGUAUUUGAGGUUCUUUCUUAAUUCAGCAAAUUUUACCGGGUACCUACUCUGUACUAGAUAAUACGCACCAGAAUCUGGCAACUGGGUCUUGAUGACAAGGCUCAGGUGGAGAUUAAGUGGUUCAGCUUUUCACAGAUGACAAUUCAUUCAAACUUCCAGAUUCAUUCACACAUUUUCUUGUCAGGUAUUUAUUGUACACUUACUAAAAUUAAUAAAGUCUAAGAACAUUAAAAUUAUCUAAUUUAACCAUACUGAGAAUUUCAUUUCUCCUCCCCACCUCUGCAUGAACUGAGAACUGCAGCUGUGAUCCAGGAACCUCCUUAAGGUGGGGCUGGCAAGCCUGAUACUCACCUUACCUGAAACAAGCAGAGUAUUCUGGAUCUACGCUCAAAGUAUGCAGACUGCAAUUUAUACCUGUGAUAUGUCUUGGCACAGAGGAGAGGUAUACCCGUAAUACACCGGUGGCUUCAGAACAAAGCCUUACCACCCAGCUCACCAUAGUUCCUGUGUAUGGAAUUAAGCAAAGUCUUUAAACUAAAGGAUCCCAAUCAUGACAAUGAGAAUAACAAAUCAUAAGUCACUGUUGGUGGUGUUGUUUAUAUUAGCCUCCUGGAUCACUUUUACAGUUUUCCAAAACUCCACAAAGUUAUGGACUGUACUCAAGUUGCCCAUCUCCCUCCAUCACAGGAAUUUCAUCAUGAAAUCAUGUCCUGCAGCACCACUGGAUCCAGCAGUUUCACCAACAGAGACUGAGCUGAGAAUAAAGGGGAUCAAGGAGAAACUAGACCAGCUGAUCCCACCCAGACCCUUCACCAACGUGAGCUCCACCACCAGCGCCACACACAGCAAAGCCACCCUCCUCAGCCCUCGAGACACAUACUGCAGGGGGGAUCAGCUAGACGUCCUGCUGGAGGUGAGGGACCACUUGGGACACAGGAAGGAAUAUGGCGGGGAUUUCCUGAGGGCCAGGAUGUCCUCCCCAGCCCUGAAGGCAGGCGCUUCGGGAAAGGUGACAGACUUCAACAAUGGCACCUACCUUGUCAGCUUCACCCUGUUCUGGGAGGGCCGGGUGUCUCUGUCUGUCCUGCUCAUCAUCCCCAGUGAAGGGGUGUCGGCUCUCUGGAGGGCAAGGAACCAAGGCUAUGACAGGGUGAUCUUCACAGGCCAGUUUGCCAAUGGCACCUCCCAUGUCAAUACUGAUUGCGCCCUGGUUUUAAAUUCAAGUGCUGAACUGUGUGAGUACCUGGAUAGUCGAGACCAAGAAGCCUUCUACUGCGUGAAGUCUCCACAUAUACCCUGUGCUGCACUCACCCACAUGCAUUCCAAAAACAAGGCCGUGUCUUAUCUUAGCAAACAAGAAAGAAGCCUCUUUGAAAGGUCAAAUGUGGGUAUAGAGAUGAUGGAAAAGUUUGGCGCCAUUACUGUCUCCAAAUGCAACACAGAAAAGACAGCUCCAAUGAAAAAGAAAUGCAAGUUUGGAAUGGCAUCCACAAUCCCCAGUGGACAUGUCUGGAAAGACACAUGGAAUCCUGUCUCCUGUAGUUUGGCUCCAAUCGAAAUGAAAGAAUGCCUGAGAGGAAAAUUCAUACAUCUAAUGGGAGAUUCCACGAUCCGCCAGUGGAUUGAAUACUUCCAAAGCAGUAUCAAGACCCUGAAGUCAGUGGAUCUGCAUGAAUCUGGAAAAUUUCAAAAACAAUUUGCUGUGGACUUGGACAGGAAUAUCAAAAUCCAGUGGCAAAAGCAUAGUUACCCCUUGGUUGUAUCACUGGCCUAUUCAGUCAAAGAGAUUGAGUACAUCGCUCGGGUUAUUGACAGAACUGGAGGAGGAAAAAGUACUAUCAUUGUUAUCUCUCUGGGCCAGCACUUCAGACCCUUUCCCAUUAAUGUUUUUCUCCGAAGGGCCCUCAGUAUCCAUGAUGCAGUUCAGCGCCUUCUUCUGAGAAGCCCAGACACUGUGGUUAUCAUCAAGGCAGAAAACAUCAGGGAGAUGCACACUGAUGUGGAGAGAUUUAGUGACUUUCAUGGUUACAUCCAAUAUCUUUCCAUAAAGGACAUUUUUCAGGAUCUCAAUGUGAGCAUUAUUGAUGCCUGGGAUAUAACAAUUGCAUAUGGCACAAAUAAUGUCCACCCGUCCCAAUCUGUAGUCAGAAAUCAGAUUAAUAUAUUGUUAAACUUUAUUUGCUAGAUAAAACAUAUCGCUUUAAUUUAGUCACUUAAUUAAAGACAUCUAUUAAGUGUUUGCUAUCAUGCCAGAUGCUGUUGGCUCUGAACUCUCAAUUAAAAAGAGAAAAUCUGCACUAUGGCUGAUUUAUUAACCAGCAACUCAACCAAAUCAGUUAUUUCUAAUUUGGGCUUCCACUUACAAAUAAACACAAAAAUACUUAUGAAAAGGAGCUACACUUCUUGAUCAGAGUCAUGCCACUUUUCACAAGCAGGAAGUCAAGACACCUAAUGGUUAAAAGUUCUCUGUGAUGCAUGGAAAUUCAGAGCAAUAAAGUCAUUAUAAAAUAAAUAUUUGGAGAAAGUAGUCCCAUUUCCUUAUUUACGAGACAAGUUCAAGAUGAUUUCCAAGUGGGAAGAGAAGCCUUUUGAGGCAAUGCUCCCUGUACAUGGUCCUGAAGGAGCAACAGAAUUUGAAGCAAGACCCUCUGGAUACUGAAAGCCUCUGACAUUUCUCUCCCUAGAGGGACUCCCACUGCUAGGAGCUAAUCUAUUCUAUAGAAUUUAUCCUUUAGGAAUACCAGAUAAAACAGUUGAAAGCACAGUGCUCUAGGAUUCAGAGAGCCGGGCUUCAGUCCUUCUGUUGACAGUAAUUACAUAACUUUGGAUAAGUCACUUCAGCUCUCUGGGCCUCAGUUUCUGAAACGAAGGAGUUAGUCUGAGAUUUGUGAUUUUCAAACCUUGCUCUGUACAGCUCUGGGUGGUGCUGCAGGUACUGCCUGGAGGGACAGGAGUUAGGAGAAGUGCUCGGUGCGCAGGGUACCAGUUCUUCCACACCACUUCAGCCAGAAUAUCAGCCAUUUUUACCCAUGUUUAUUGGGCUUCUGGGUAGGCUUUUGAUUUGAAAAAAAGGUUCUACUGCUUAAAAUGUUUGAAAACCAUAAUGUAGAUAAUCAACAUUGGUUUCUAUAAUCUACACAUAUGGGUUACUAUUUUCAUCACCCUCACUUGCAUUGUAAUAGGCCUUCCCAAAAUUUGACCGAAAAAGAAUAUGAGAAUUUCAGUUGAAUAGGGUGAUAUAAUUAUUAUAAAGUAUUUUGGUAUAAUAUCCUUCUUUAAUUUUUCCCUCUAAACCAUGCCCCAGAUAUCACUGGGCCCCUGACGUACUCUUGUUCCAUCUAGGAAAAGACAAUUAUAAUAGGAAUAUCUUAAAUCCAUUUAUCCAGUUUCCUUCAGGAAAGGGAUAAUAAUUUUUCUACUUAUUUGCUCAUGAACCACAAUUCACAGUUCAGUGCCCAGUAAACAGAUGGUCAAAAAUAGUAAGUCCCUUAUCAUGUGUCAGGAACUAUUCAAGACUUUAGGGAUACAGUGGUCCAAAAGGCACAUGAAUUUUUUGCCAUCAAAGAACUUAUAUUGUAAUAAAGGAAAAAGAUAAACAAAAAAGAUAUAAAAUAAUCCCACACUACUAAAGUAGUAUGAACAAAGUAUAUAAUAGGGUAAUGUGAUGCAGAGUGACAGCAUGGUGGUGAUGGAGGUGACUAGUUAGAGCAUUUCAAAAAGGCAUCUCAGAGGAGAAGCCAUUACAAGGGAGAUCAAAAUAAUGGAAAGGAGGCAUCCAUGAGACAAAGUGAAGACAGCAAUCCUUAAGAAAGAAUGGCAAGUACCAAACCCCUGAGACAUGAUGGAGCUUGGUUUAUUUAAAGAACAGGAGACCAUUAUGCCUGGAGUAUUGUCAGUGCGAGAAGUAUGGAGGGAGAAGAAGUUAGAGAGGAAGGUAGGGGCCAGAUCACAUGUGGCCUUUGUAGUCUAUGGCAAGGAGUUUGAAUUCUAUCCUAAUUAUAAUGGGAAGGCAACUGAGGGAGGGAGAAAAGGAAGGAAAAUAAGAGAGAGGGUAGGAAAGAGAGAAGGAAGAAAAGAAGGAGAA